UUCUGAUUACAACUGUAUUCAUUUACACUCUUUGAUGUUGGAUAAAUGUUAGACAUGAUAAGAGAAUGACAAAAGGCUUAGGGGAGUACUUUCUUUCCCCCUUACAUCUCCACAUAAAAUUUGCUUACUAUGGAAUGUCAGACAUGGUAAGAGAAUGAUGAAAACACAAAUAAAAUUUGUUUAAUAUGGCAAUAUCCUCACUCCAUGAUCAUCCAUGUAGCCAGGUAUGGAUUGACAAGUAAAUUUUCAGUUUCUAUGGUUUGAUCUGGGAUGGCAUCUGCUUGUGUCCCUUCCAAUCUUCACUUUUGGAAUGAAUCUGCUCCUCAAGGUUUCUUAAGGCAUCAGUUGUAUAAGCAGCUAUGCAGCUUUUAUGACAGUUUAGGCUUUCAAUGGUGUAUGUUAAUCAUUCUGUCUCAAACUUUUCAAACUUUACCUUUUCUUUUUUUUUUGGUUCCCUCUCCCUCCCUCCCUCUCUCUCUCUCUCUCUCUCUCUCUCUCUCUCUCUUAGUGCAGGCAAUAUCACUGCUUGUAGCACAGAUUCUUAGGCUCAUUGGAACUUUGCUUCUACUUAAAUUCACUGUCAAGCCACAAUAUAAUUUCAUGAACUUCUUCAAAGCUACAGAUUUGUCAAAAGAUAGGAACUGGCUAUUGGCAUCAGCUAUUGGAUUUGGGUUUCUUUUCUCAUUGGUUUCUAUUAUGUCGUUCCUUGCAGACAAAGCCUUUGAACUCAAGGCUGUCAACAACCCUGUAGUCAAGGAAAUACUUGUCAGCGCCAACAUCUCAAUGGCUACUUUUGUUCUUGUAUGCUGCUUUAUCACUCCCGUACUGGAAGAAAUCGUAUACAGAGGAUUUUUAUUGGCAUCGAUUUCUACCACAAUGAAAUGGCCGCAUGCAAUUCUCGCGAGCUCCACUGUUUUUGCUGCAGCUCAUUUAUCUAAUUUUGCUUUUAAUUAAUAAAAUAAUAUUUUUUUAAAAAAAAUUUAGAA